AUGGCAUCCAUCAUUACAAGACCUGAAAGUCUGAAUGACUUAUCAGAUCGCAUCACUGAAUUCAAAGCAACCAAACUUAAUAUAGAUCAUCAAGUAGAUGCAUUUAAACAUCAAGUAGGAUUGGUUGGUAACACACGUCGUAAUUUACCAUUUCAUCCAAAAGCACUUGAAGCAGAACUCGAGGAUCUUAAAGGUCAUCUCGAUCAAUUACAGACAACAUAUGAACAACUCUUGACAAAAGAGAAAUUCGUACAGUAUCUUUUACAAGAACCACCACUCGAGAUUACCGACCUGCACUCUACAGAACAAGAAGAACAGUUUGCUCAAGUUGAAUUAAAUGGUCGCAUUCAACUUGUUAAAAAGUUAUUACAAGAUAUUCGAUUUAAAGCAGAAUCCAUACAAGAAUCUCGAUCCAGUGCAUUUGAAGUAGCCAAUGAUACUAUUCAUGUAUUAGACGAAAUCAAUGUCAUGCAAGAACAAAUAGACAGACUCAACCAGUUAUUGGGUCAUUCAAGUGGACUGACGAUUGCAGAAGCAACAUUGCUUGUAGAAAAGAACAGACAACAAAUCACAGACAUACAAGCACAGAUUGAUCAAAAGCAAGACAUAAUUACAGAAGAGCAAUGGAAAGUAGAUGAUUUAGUCGAAGAAGUCAAACAGCUCAAGUCAAAAGCAGAUGCACUGGAAUCUAAAGCAGCCUAUGCACUUCGACAGAACAGACAAGGAGACCCAAGAAUUGAUAAAGAAUACGAAGAAUAUCAAAUGCAUAUUGACAUGUGUAAUCAUUUGUUUGGUAUUCAAAAAAUCGAGUUUGCCUCUAGUUCUUCUUUAGAUAUUGUCUAUCAACCACCUAUCCAUAACACACUACAUAUUGAAUUAGACACAACCAAGGACAAAGUAGUUUAUGCUUCAAUCACACAUGCCUUUGUGCGUAUCGAUGAUUUGGUAAAAAUGGCAGGACAAUUGAAUGCUAAUGAUGGUAUUCGGCUCAUUACAAUGGAAACAUUAGCACGCUUAAAGAGAGUUUAA